AUGAAGAGUACCAUCUUGUCUGCACAGAUCCGAAGAAUGCGGCGAAAAGAGUCCAACCACUUAUCGGUGAGCGCCGAUUCGCAGUUGGUGGUGGUCGCAGCGGGCGCGCGGCAGAAGAAAGACGAGUCAAGGUUGGCGCUGGUGCAAAGGAACGCAGACAUCUUCAAGGGCUUGAUCCCUGAAUUAGUGAAGCACAGCCCGAACUGCAUCUUGUUGUGUAUAAAAGAUCUUAAGCAGAGCUUUUCUCCGAAUUUUCGUUUAGACAUUACUCUUGUUAAAACUAUUCAUACACUUUUAUCAAAGAGACUGAAAGACGAAUUGAAUUAUGAAACUAAAAUUUGCAAUCAUCCUGAUUAUUCUAAAUAUUACUGUAUUUCUAAUCUGAAAUUGUUCCACAAUAACUUAGCUAUUUGUGGAUUGGAAGAAAUCACUGUGUGUCAAUAUUAUUUGCCAAUAAUCUGGCUAUUUGUCUGUUUUGGUAGUUUACUAGAAAAUUAA